ACAACAGCAAAACGGCCACAGCCAGCAACAGCUGAGUGAGCUGCAGUGGCUGCACAGAGGAGACGAGGCGUACAGCUGUCUGUCAGCUCCUCCACUUCAGCUGUGUCCCAGGCGGUCACCAGCGUUUAGCACAUAUCAUGUCGUUCAUUCUUAUGAAGAAGAAGAGAUUCAAAUUUAAAGUAGACUUCGACUUGGAGGAAUUGUCCUCGGUUCCCUUCGUAAACGGAGUUUUAUUCUGUAAAGUUAGGCUCUUAGAUGGAGGCUUUGCCGAGGUGUCGACCCGGGAGCCAGUCCAAGCCAACUGUGUACACUGGAAGAAGAGAUUCUCUUUCAUUUGUAAGAUGAGUGCCAAUGCCGGGACAGGUGUGCUAGACCCCUGUGUGUGCCGGGUGUCUGUGCGCAAGGAGUUGAAGGGCGGAAAAACCUUUGCAAAGCUGGGCUUUGCUGACUUGAAUCUGUCAGAGUUUGCUGGGUCUGGCAGCACUACACGACGGUGUCUCCUAGAGGGAUAUGACACAAAGAAUACCAGACAGGACAACUCAAUUCUCAAGGUUGUCAUCACCACACAACUUAUGUCUGGAGACCCCUGUUUUAAAACUCCUCCAUCUACAGCCAUGACUCUGGGAAUCCCACAGGCCAAAGCAGAGUGUCUCCUUGAGGACAGAAAGGGAGGGGACAUGCACAUAUCCCGUUCACUCACUGAGCCUCCAAAGAAAUCAGUAUCAGUCCCAGAGGAGCUGGUAGUGUAUGGUCACUCUAGAACAUCCAGCUAUGCAAGUCAGCAGUCAAAAAUCUCAGGUUAUAGCUCAAAUUACUCCAGUUUAACAGAUCUGAGCCAUCGGAGGACUGCGUCAGGAGGUUCUGCCUCCACAGGCAUUGGCAGCAUCCUGGAACCCAGUGAUCAACAGGUAGAGAGAGGAGAGAGGGAGAGCAGGUCCACUCCACCAGACUCUGCAAUCUGUCAUGAUGCACCUGAACACCCCUCUACCCCUGUCAGGGUUCUAAGACACCCUAUAAAGCAGAACUCAAUGGAGAAUCAGAUGAAGAGAGUCGAUGCCACCAGGGUGGAUGCUGAUGACAUAAUAGAGAAAAUCCUGCAGAGCCAGGAUUUCAGUCAUGGCCUCUUGGACUCCAGUGCAGAGGAAGAGGGCCUCAGCUUGUUUGUUGGUCCUGGUGGGAGUACAGCCUUGGGAAGCCAGCACACAAGGGUCGCAGCUGGAGCCUUUGAGCAGGUGGUGAUCAAAUACUAGGCUUUUGGAAGUAUGUGCCGGUCACAAAGGGUGCCAUAUUAAACUGAUGCGGGGGAUGCAAGACUGAAUAGUAGAGGUACCAUAAGGACUUGCUCCCGCCUCACUCCAGGAGAUUUCAUUUUUCUUAUGCAAUCCCUCUGCAUCUGACCUACAGCUUCUGUUGACCAGGAGAGCCCUCUGGUGUUCACGAAGUGGAGUUGAAGGCCACAUUAUUGGAACAUUAUAAUGACUGAAAUAACUGGUGUACUGACAUAUUUCUCUUGGUCUUCUUAUAGGAGGGAGUAGUACUGUAAUUCCUCUGUUCACCACUGUCUGUCAGGGAGCUUGUAAGGGAUUUUUUCCCUGUUAUUUAAAAAAAACACAUUAAAGCAUCCUACAUGUUUUUACUUUGGUAUAAUUUGGAUUUUUGUUUCACUAUUAUAGUCUUAGUUUUAGUAUUUUAUUUGUUUAAAAAAAAAAGUGGGUUGUGAUUGAGUUACUGCAGCUGGCAACAAGUGCAAAAGUGUUUCUCUUAAACCAGACUGGAUAGAACAUGUAUAAGAGAUGAUGUCACAAAUUUGAACCGGUGUUGUCCUCUUAAAAACAGAGAAACUGCUAAUUAGAUUCUGUGAGCAGGACAUUAUCUAAGAGGAGUAUGACAGAUAGCAACUAGUCUUGUACUCUCUCUUUGAUAAUUGAUAAUAGGAUAAGUGGUUUGAGGGGGGCAGUGUCCACCCCUUCAGUCUCAUAUCUAGUGUAAUAGAAAAAUAACAAUGUGGAAUUAACGUACAGUGGUCGCAGCACCAUUGUGUGUCAUUAGCCCAAACCCUUUACAGAUAAACACCUCUGCUCACCUGGUUCUGAGGGAGGACAACUGCAUUUAAAAUACCAUGAAGUUUGUACGUUUGCUUCCUUAGUAUGAUACCUUGUGUGUGUGUUUGUGUGUGUGUUUGUGUGCGUGUGUGUGCGUGUGUGUGUGUGUGUGUGUGUGUGUUUUGUCUGUAAAGUCAAAAGUAAUUAAAUCAUUUGUACAACAGUUUUUGUAAAUGUUGCCAAACACUUAAGAAGUCAUACCUGCAGUAUGUAAGCUAUGGUCCUUGUAAUGAAAGUCAGCUGUGUAAAGCCCAUUAUGUUUUUAAGAUAUCUGUAUAUUAUUUUUAAGAAGUUGAAUGUUGAUGUUUUAUUUAAGGCCAAAUCUGUAAAUAAAAAAAAAACGUGUACUCUGGAU